AUGAUAACGUAAAAAGGAUUAAGUGAUCAAUUAUUGGUUAUCUUGGUAAAGAAUGAAAGACCUGAUCUAUAAAAAAAAGGAAAGACUUAUUGUGAGUGUGCUAGUAAUAAUAAGUAGUUAGCAGAAAUUGAAUAAAAAAUAUUGGAAGUUUUAUCUGGAAAUAACAAUAUUUUAACAGAUUGGAUUGCUAUAGAGAUCUUAACAGCUUCUAAAUUAAAAUCAAAUGAAAUUAGCGAAAAAUAAAAUAUUGCCGCGAAUGCAGCUCGAUAAGAAUAUGUGUUUGUUUCAUAAUAAGCUUAUUGUUUAUCCUUUGUAUCUUAAUAAUAUUGA